CUGUAGGACCGGUUUACUGCAAGGAACAUUGCAGACCUGCGUUAAAGGCUUUAGCUCGAUCAGAGCAGAUCAGAUCUGGAUUAAGCAAAGGAAGAUUGGAUCUGUUUCGAAAGGUGAGGCAUCGAGAUAAUAAUAACAGGCUCUGUGGGAUUAAGCACUGAAAGCGGGCUGCUCUCAGGCGCCCAGCGGUCAUCAUCCUCAUCCUCAUUCACCAUCCUCCUCUUCAUCAUCUCCUGUGCCUGCAGUGAGAACAAAUCCUGGUGCAUUGUGGUCACCAUCACGUAACCAUCGGGAGAGCUGCCGAGACGGCGCGAUGGCCACUCUUCUGAGAAAGAUCGGUCUGAUCCGCUUGCACGACCGAGACACAGAGGACCCCAAGCACCAUCCGAAAGGGACUAAGCAGGGGAAUCAGAAAAACAGCACCAAGCACUGUCACCAAAACGAGACCAACAUCCUUAGCACCCCAGAAAUCAAGGCCAAGCGCUCGGACGUCUCCGCCGCCAAAGACAAAGCUCCUGCGAAGGACAAACCGAGCAAAGAGACGAAGGAAAAGCAGCAGACGGGAAGCGCGAAGUCGAGCACAAGCUCCGUUCCACCACCGCUGGCGCCAAACAGGCAGCACUGCGCGAAUGUGAGGACGCGGCGCCUCAUGAAGGAGCUGCAGGAGAUCCAGCGCCUGGGAGACGACUUCAUCACAGUGGAGCUCGCCGACGACAACCUGUACGACUGGAACGUCAAGCUGCACCAGGUGGACAAGGACUCGGCGCUGUGGCAGGACAUGAAGGAGACCAACACCGAGUACAUCCUGCUGAACAUCUCCUUCCCAGACAGCUUCCCGUUUUCGCCGCCUUUCGUGCGCGUACUCACGCCGAGGCUGGAGAACGGCUACGUGCUGGACGGAGGAGCCAUAUGCAUGGAGCUGCUGACGCCGCGCGGAUGGUCCAGCGCCUACACCGUGGAGGCCGUGAUGAGGCAGUUCGCCGCCAGCCUAGUCAAAGGACAGGGUCGGAUCUGCAGGAAAGCGGGAAAAUCCAAGAAAGCCUUCAGUCGCAAAGAAGCCGAAGCCACGUUCAAGAGCCUCGUGAAGACCCACGAGAAGUACGGCUGGGUUUCUCCUCCGGUUUCUGACGGCUGAGGCGUCUGCUGUCUCCACGUCAUCCCCUUUCCCCUCUCCACGCAGCUUUCUCCAGUUUCUCACCUCCAAACAUUCUUUUGCUUAAAAAAAAAGAAAGAAAUAAAUGAGGUAUCAUCUCACACUGUAUGUCGAUGACUCUUCAUUCGGUCGUCUGCCAUUCCACACUACGGUGCCAUGGACCACUCGCUCGCCGUGACAUCACAUUUCUAAAUGAUGGAUGGAUACUACUAAAAUGUUUGGCUAAAAAGGAAGUGAACGAAACCCUGGGGAAAGUAACUGGGACAGACCCCAACCCUCACGCUGACUCUGUACCUCUUGCUCACUCGAUACCUCUCUGUGUUUAUCAGUGUGUUCAUGUCAGUCCCUUUCUCCUCCAUCUCUCUUCUUCUUCUUCUUCUUUUUCUGCUGCUGCUGCUUCUGCUACUUGUUUUCUCUUUACAGUUUUUGAGAUGAAGACACAUUGCACUGGACGCCAUCAGACUUUUUUUCAUUUACACGCAUUGUAACGAUACUUAAUAGCAAGGCAGAUGGGUGCAGUACAUUUGAGGUUCAGUUUUGUCUGUUCUUCUUCGACUGUGCUACCUUUCACAGUUUCAAUACAACAUGAAGAUUGAUUGUAACUUAUGUGGAGCUGUGCUCUCUCUCUCUCUCAUGCUCUUUCUCUCUUUCAUGUUCUCUCUCUCUCUCUCUCUCUCUCUCUCUCUCUCUAUGCGUGUGGCUAAAUUUAGACAUCACUGUGUUGCAUAGCUGGUGAUUGAUUUCUCGUGGAGAUGAUUAAAAAAACACUCAUUGCUUAUGCAGAGGUACUGUAAAGAUUAAAGAGUGGUAGUGAACCAUUCUUGCUAAUCAUUAUUAUCAUUAGUAUUAUUACUUUUUUUUCUUGGAGAAGACCAGAAGCAUUGAGCUUUGAUAAUGUUAAUACCAGAUGGCAGAACUGAAUGUCAGAGUCUCAGAGCAUGAGCGUGUACGUGUGGUGUGUACGCAACGCAACAGGAUUUCAGAAACGUUGCGUGAGCCUUUCGGGAUACGUUUACCGACCUCAGAGAAGCGGGAAUCUGGUUAGCGUCUGAUUUUUCUCUGUGAGGUGGAAAAAUACAGACAGAGAAUGAAUGUACAUGUCUGUGGUCAUACGUACAGUGAGACAUGCCCAAGUUACUGUCCGAAUGACCUCCUUCAUUUCUCAGUGCACAGGCAGUGAAAUGUCUAAUGACUCAGGCCUCAGCACCAAUCACUUAAAAAUGCUCAGUCUGCAUUGACUUUUUUUUCUUCUUAUAACUGCAGACUGAUAAUAAAAGGCUAAUUAAAAUGGACUGAAAAGGACGAGCUGUUUGUUCAGCCAUGUGUAUUGGUAUUUAAUGACUGCUUCUCCAAAUAUCAGUGUUAAUCCUAAACGCAAUGAGACGGGGCGUCUUUAAUAAUCACAUGUAAGUACAUGAUUUAAAGGAAAACUCCACCCUUAUGUUUUAAUAUUUAGAAUUAUUGCCGAAUUAAUGCGGAAAACCAGGAUUCCAUUUGGAAUGGAAUCAGUGUUUUGUUUAAGCUGAACAUCUUUCAUGGACAUGUUGGUCUAUUUUCAGUUUGCUUAACGAUUUCCUUCAUUACCCACAAUGCUAUUCAGCUACUUGCUGACAUUUGGAAUUGCGCUGCGCCGAAAGUGGAAACUCAGAAUUGUAUCAUUUAUGAUCUCCAUGCAUUAGAUUUUCAAGUGAUGUCUAAUUACCUUCUCAAAACAGUGACCUGAGAUAGUGUUAAAUACUUGUGUAUAUACUGCAUAAGUCAUUACUCAUCAAGUUAAGAAGUGCUACUUUGCUCCGUCACCGUUUAAGACACCUUCCCGGCGUUCCGGGUAGGAAUUUUGAGGAUCAGAGGGUCAGAAACUCUGAGGUACAAGCUUUAGUCCAGUGCAGAUAUUAAUCCUUACUUCAUUUCUACCUGAAAGAGAGUGAUGGUCUGUCUAGUGCUCUCACCUCCUCAUUUAUACACUCUGCUCAAACUGAUCAGCUUCCACGCUAAUCGCGCUUCUUGUAGAUCGCUAACUAGUCGAGGUGUUGGAUAGCUCUGCUAACAUCUUGGAUUUUUCAAUUCAUUAUCUUUUGACUGAGGAAGGCCGUUAAAAAACGAAGCUUUUCACAGCGAAACCUUAUAUCUUAUAUCUGAGAUUAUGGACAUAGUUCCUUCAGAUUAUAACAGCAUCUUCUUACAGGAUCACACUCAAUGAAGACAUUUCAUUAUAAACAUAUUUAACACGUUUGAGGGUGGAGUUUUCCUUUAUAACAUCUUUCAUGAAGAAUCGAGAGUGGAAGCAUCUCUACACCUCGCACUUCCCGGUUUAUAUGAAUUCGCAGCAGAACCCCUGAUUAUAGCCUCCGGUGCCUCAGAAGACAUUAAAUGUCAUAAGGGAAGCUGCUAAUUAACAUGACAUUUGGCAAAAAAAAAAAAAAAAGGAAGGCGGUGACUAAAUUCUAAGCACUCUGAGUUUGACGAUGCCCUUUUAAGCAGGAUGAUGCAGGUUCGGCGUGUGACACCGAAAAGGUUCCCAGGGUGCACAAAGGCUCUCGAAAAGCUUCAGUUCAGGUCCAUCAUGUCAAGGCAUGUUCCGAGCCCAGGCGUGUUUUUUCAUGUGAUGGCAAAGCUCGAGGAUUCAAUGGCAGAUAGUAGUGUUUAGAGCAGGUUUGAGAAAGAUUUAAAAAGAUCGCCUGUGUUGAUCUUUACACAUGAGACGAAACGCGUAUUUACCAAUUCAAGACGUUCUCAAAACUCUUUUUUUCAGCAUCAUUCGUUUAACAUAAAAAAGGGACGUACAACACGUGCUUAAAGGCAAACAUACGUUCUAAUUGCCUUUAAUUGAGUUAUUAUAAUCAAAUCUCAGUUGCCACAAGCCUUUGUGGAUUUGUGGAUUUUACUUGAUGAUGUGUGCAUCACAGCAGGGAUUAAAAGCCUCAUUACGCUCCUUGUGUCAUGACUUAUUCCAGCGUUUUCCAUCUGGUACAAAACAAGAUCUCCUUAACAACGCUCUUGGUCUUCUCCUGUCUCUGUUUGGACAGUCCUUUUGAAAAAGUGCUCGUGUGUGUAUUCCUUACGGAUUUAGCGAGAGGAGAUACUAUAAACAACAAAUUAAUUAUCGCGAUAUCUCAAACGUGGAUGUUUGCUGACUUAAAGAGCAUACUUUUGUGAUAUAGCCUAGACUGGUAGAUUGCAGACACUAACCGAGUUAAAUGUCCAAACAAGUGAGAUGACUCUGUUGUAUUAUAUCUGCAUGUGGUCUGUGAUUGUUAGCUAGCCAUUUUUUAGAGAAAAGGUCAGAAAAUUAUGGAAAAAAAAAAAAAAAGUUUUUUUCCUGUUGUCUGUUUAUUAUUAUUAUUAUUUUUUGUUGUUUUCAUUAAUGUCUAAAAUGUCAGAUUGUGUUAUAUGAAUGUUUUGUGUUUUAAUUUAUUUGUGGUUUGCCAAAAUGACGAUUUGGAAGCAUGUUGCAGGUAUUGUCACUGAUCCAAAAAAAAAAAAAAAAAAAAAAAAAAAGUUGAUGGGAGCAAAAAAAAAAAAAAAAUCAGAUUGUUAUGUACCUGACUCGAAGUAAGCGCCUGAUUCUGUUUAGUGAUCUCAGGCUCUAGCGAGAAAUAAUAAACUGAGGGACGAAUGAUAUCUUCAAGACUGCACAAGCAACAUCACAGGACACGAUGGAAGCAAAACCAAACAGGAAUGUGCAAUAAAUGCUGUAGGCUUAUUGAAACCUGCAUCUCUGUUUGUA